ACAACCUGCGAAUAUUACUCAUACUGUCUUGUUUUAGAAUGUAUAUAAAUUUUUUGCCACUCUUAGUGGUGUGCAGCAUUUCUCAAUUCUCCCAUUGUAAGAAAUUUUCAGAUGAUGAAAUAACUUUUUCAACACAUGGGAAUUUACUUCUACAGCAUGCAUUUGGACCUAAUGACCAGUUUUCAUCAAGAGGGGAAGUUGUGUUUAAAUCUUCAAAGGGUACUGCUGUAUUCAAAGACAAGAUAGAACUAAGCAGAUCAGAUUUAGAAAAGCUUGAAAAAUUAGUCAAGGAAGAUGGUUUGUAUUUUAUUCGAAGUCCAACGAAAAUUGGUGGUGCAUUGGAAAACAACGACACGAGUUAUGUCUCCACGUUUGUUAGGGCUUGUUAUUUGUAUGGGUCUGGUUUGCAAGAAACAAUAACUGUUGCUGUCGAUUAUUCUGGAAAUGUGAUUGGACUUAAUAUUGUGUCGCCCAGAAGUGAGUGCAAAAUUGAUGACUUUGAUGGCUUUGAAGGAGCCAUGUUCAAUUCAACAGUGCUUGUCCAGCAACAGGUCGCAGGAGCUGUUCCAGAUACCCAAACAUUUGUUAAAAGGAUCGAGCAGGAAAAGUCAGAUGAAGCUGCAGGAAAGGGAAAGGACAACAGGUCUUUCAUAGCAAAAUAUUGGAUGUAUAUCGUACCAGUGUUUCUUGUUCUGAUGUUGGGUUCUCAAGCGGAGCCACCUGCAGAAGAGGGUGGAGAAUAAAUGCAGCACGGAACUUAUUUUUUUACUAUUCCGAAUUAGUGUUAUCUUGGUUAUAGUUUGGAAGUGCAGCUGGAAGAAGGAUCAGGCAAAUUUUCAGGACACUUGCCCUUUCAAAAGAUGUACCUCAUGGUUGAAAACAGCGUUGAACAACAAGGAUUUUUUUUGUAUAAAAUAGUUUGUAUUACUAUUUUGAAACAAAAUUUGUUGUUUAUAA